UUUCAAAUAUUUUAAAAAAAUAUAUAUUUUUUUUAUUUUGUAGUAUUUUUAACAAGAAAAUAUUAAGUAAAAAUAUAUAUAAGUUUGUUCAGUAAUCAAUCCUCUCCAUAGGUUUUUUUUUCAAUACAAAACUUCAAAAAAAAAAAUAACAUUCAAUUUAGCAACAAAAUCCUUUUUUUUUUGUAAUAGAAAAUUUUCUUUUAACCUUAAAGCCAAGCUUUAAAUUUUUGUCUAGCAACAAGAGUAUUUUGCUUUAAAACCACAUAGUUAUUCCAUUUACCAUUUUUAUUGGCUGUUAGUUGUAGUAAUUUUUGUCAGUUUGUGUAACUGUUAGCUAUUCCUCAAAAUGGAACCCUAUUCCGCGGAAUUAUUAUGGAUUGUUGUGUUAGGUUUUAUUAUUGCCUUCGUUUUGGCUUUUGGCAUCGGUGCCAAUGAUGUGGCAAACUCAUUUGGCACUAGCGUAGGCUCUGGCGUUUUAACCAUACGUCAGGCUUGUGUUUUGGCUACGGUUUGUGAAAUUUCUGGAGCUGUUUUAAUAGGCUACAAAGUAUCCGAUACUAUGCGUAAAGGCAUUUUGGAGGUCGGUCUCUAUGAAGGCUUUGAAGAUGAACUCAUGUUGGGCUGUUUGGCAGCCUUAGCCAGUAGUGCUAUCUGGCUUUUGGUUGCCACUUUCCUAAAACUACCCAUUUCUGGUACGCACAGUAUAGUUGGCUCAACUAUUGGCUUCUCUUUAGUAGCCAGAGGCACCCAAGGUUUGAAAUGGUCUACCAUGGGUACCAUAGUUGGUUCAUGGUUUAUAUCACCUGUGCUCAGUGGUCUUGUUAGUAUUCUACUAUUCUUGGCCAUUAGAAAGUUUAUACUGCGCGCCAAUGAUCCUUUAAAAGCCGGUUUUCGUUCGUUGCCCAUUUUCUAUGGUGUUACGUUUUUCAUAAAUGUCAUCAGUGUUAUGUUGGAUGGUCCCAAAUUGCUUUAUAUGGAUAAUAUACCCACCUGGUUGGCUGUGACUGUUAGUAUUGCUUUGGGUUUAUUGGUGGCCAUUUUGACACAACUGGUGGUGGUGCCCAAGCAAAAGAGAAAAAUUGCCAAACAAUUAAGAGCUAGAAAACCAGUUCAAUUUCAUUUUGAACCUUCAGUGGAAUCUUCACCGUCCGGUAGUCCUAAGAAAAAUCGUCGCCCUCUGUCUUUGGUGAGCGAUGGCAAACAACUGCCUGCAAUUGCCGAAAUAACCGAGCUGGUCUCGUUGACAGACAAUUCGCCUAAAACCUUUAAAUUAGCUCCUUUUAAUCUAAAUGGCAAAAAACAAAAUGGUACCACCCCCGAUGGCUAUAAAAUCAAUCCGGAAAUUAUUAAAAAAGCUGAAGAUCUUCUAGGCAAAGCUAGUCUCGAUAAUACCGAUCUAACCAUUACUAGUUUAAAUUUCAUAGAUGAACAUCAAAAUGGCAAUGGUUUAAAUGGUUAUACGAAUGGUUUGCAUCGAACCUCUAAGGAUCUAGAGGAUUGUUUUAAAACUCAACAACAGCUGGAAUCCGAUAAGCAUCUAACACAAUCAAAUGAGCUUCCCAAUAAUGUCGCCUCGGCUGUCACAGCCAACGCUACCACAGCAGCUGUUAAUAAUAACAUCAGCACUACCAAAGAUACAAAUAAUACUGCCUGUUCCUCGUUGACACAAGAUGAAUGUGAUAACAAUACAAAAAGUUUACUCCCGACAACGGAGAAAAAUCUUAAGGUCAUUGAAAGUGGCUCUAGUUUGGAAAUGAUGAUUUCUUCUACGCUAUCGCCCAAUUCCAGUAAAGUUCCUUUGAUCGAGAGUAAAGAGGCCAUAAAUGAUUUUAAGCUUUCAUCCGAGCCCCAGGGUGAUGAAGAAACAGAAGAGGUUUCUAUGCUAUUUUCAUUUUUACAAAUAUUAACCGCCACCUUUGGUAGUUUUGCCCAUGGUGGUAAUGAUGUUAGUAAUGCCAUUGGUCCCUUAAUUGCUUUGUAUAUGAUUUAUCGUGAAGGUUCUGUGAUGCAAAAGGCCGAAAGUCCCAUAUAUAUUUUAAUAUAUGGUGGCAUUGGUAUUUCUAUAGGUUUAUGGCUUUGGGGUCGUAGAGUUAUUGAAACAAUUGGCAAUGAUUUAACCAAAAUUACCUCAUCAACUGGUUUUACUAUUGAAAUUGGUGCUGCUAUAACCGUACUGCUGGCCAGCAAAAUUGGUUUACCCAUUUCCACAACCCAUUGUAAAGUCGGUUCCGUAGUAUUUGUCGGUCAUAUAGCUUCGAAAGGAGCGAAAAAACGUGAGGAUAACGAAACGCUUGAUUGUGCUGACACAACUAAUGAUGUUAAACAAACUAAAGAAUUUGAAACAUUAGAAGAGGGUGCACAAGAUGCACCUGCACCGGCAAGAGCUAAUGGUAGUGUUGAUUGGCAUCUGUUUCGUAAUAUAGCAUAUGCCUGGAUAGUAACGGUACCGGUAACGGCAAUUUUAAGUGCCGCCAUUAUGUUUGUAUUAUGUUUAUGUGUAGGAAUUAAAGUUUAAAAAAAAAACGAAAACGAUAUUAAGAAAGUUUUACUUAAAUGUACUUAAAAAGCAUAAAAUGAUAAAAGAUUUAUUAAAGAAUAUGUAGAGAACUUAUAUAUGUGUUUAGUGAGAAGAAGAAAAAAAGCAGAGUUAAGGUUAUAAAGUAAA